AUGGAUUCUACCAAUCAGCUCGACAUUGCGAAGGUGGUCUAUUAUAUCACUCGCGGCAACGGCAUCAAUGUUCCUAUGGUACCGGUGGACGAGCUCCCUCAUUUCUUAGACAUCGAAGGUAUUCCCAAGCGACUCGAUGCUGAUCAGCUCAAAUGGUUCAAAUUCCUUGACAGGCAUCAUCAUAAUCCACCGGAUACUCUGUCUGUUACCGUCGGUGGACAGCCUUUACGAGUUCCAGCCUCGGUAGUUCUCCCGGCAAAGAAGUCAUACAAUGCCCCCGAUGCAGAGAUGAAUGCGAAGCGAAUGGCCGCUGAAGCUUCGAUUCCCAAGGCCAGCACGCAACCGGUCAAGGACGACUGCACUCGAGACAAAUCCACUGUCACACUGCCGAAGGAUCCAGAGGAUGAGUGCAGGAACAUCACCGAGUUCCUCGCCAAACGCGACCCCAAGCUCGCCGCCAGCGUUGGCUACAUCCCGAAGCGCCCCUUACCACCGUCCGGCAAAGAGCCCGAUCCGUCUCGCAAAGAGUAUUGCACCUACUGGAUCCAGACCGGCGGAUGUAGCUUCCUCCAGCAGGGAUGCCUGUACAAACAUGAGAUGCCGGACAAGGACACACUGGCGAAGAUCGGCAUUCCGAAGGUCCCGAAAUGGUACGUGGACAAGACGGCCGCCAAGAUCCGGUCAAGUUCGACGCUAGAGCAGAUCGACGGCCGUAAAGAGCCGGGCACACCCAAGGGACGGGUCAUCGAAAUCGGGAAGUCCGGUCCGGCGACGACGAGAUCCAGUGUGCCGGAUGUGCGAUCAUCCGGACUGCAACUCAGUCGCUGGGGUCCAUUAUCUACUAAAGGAACCCAAGCCCGACCCCAUGCUUUGGGUGCGAAAGCGCAGCGCGCGCCAUCGAUUUCAAACAUCUUGGUCGUUGGUCACAAUGCUCCUAGGGCCGCUCGCACUGGACAAGACGCGGAGAAGGGGGCCAGGAAGACUAGCUUUAGCUCGUCGGGAUCUUCCUGCGAUGCUGAUACUCUCCGGGCCACUCCAAACACCAGCCCGCCUCAAGGUGGCCCACUGUUCGAUCUUGGCGACUCGCCUCAUCGAGGGACGUUCGUUCCGCCGCACCACUGGACGGUGGGCACGUCGGUCUUCCCGUGCGGCAGAGGACCACUUCACCUGCAGUCUCGACCGAUGUUCUCCCCCGGUGCACCCGAUAACCCGACCAUGUUCCAUGACCGUUCUCCCGCGGGAAACCUCAUCGGACUACCCGAGGCACCAACACCAACACUGUCCGCCUCCGUUCCUGAGCCGCUUCAACCGUACAGGCAACCCGGCCCCAUCGCAGGAUCUCAGCCGUCCUCGAUCCCUUCGCCACACGGCCACCUGUCCGCCGACGAAAUCGCGUUUAUAACCCAGCUUCGCAACCAAGAGUACGGCCUGACUCACCCGGUCCACCACGAUCACCGACCCCACCCGCCUCUGCACCAGUUGGCGCCUGCGUACGCGCCUCUGCCAAGCCCGACACAAGGGAGGGGGCUCCACGGCGGGCGAGCGAGCAAGGGUCGGAAUCUGUCCACGUCGUUGGCCCGGUUCGAGGUGCGUCCGCAACGACCGUUGGGGGUGAUCGAGCGGCCGGCGGCGUUUCAGGAGAAGCCAUAUAUGGGCGGGAUUUACGCUUCUGAGCAUGCUCCGCACAAUUCGGUUCGUUCGGGGGAAAGGGGUGAGGUGUCUGAUCUGGAGAUGGCCGGGUAG